GUUGCGCCGCCAUCAAAUGCCAGUUACUCUACAAACGCCGGGGUGAUCUCUACCGACAUUUCCAGCUCCGCAUGAUUGUACUGAUAGCUGUAGCUUAGAUACCUGUCAAUGACAGCUAUUCCUCUCUUUUUCACUCUCUGAAACUUAACCGAGGAAGUGAAUUUAAACGCACUGAGCCCUCGGAUCCAAGGCUUGCACAAUGACGCAGAUACAAAGGGGAAACUGGGUGGAGGAGAAAAUAGAUCUCUUGAAAAGCGAACUUGUUAGAGACGAUGUCGUGGACGGUUGGUUUCUGAUGGGCAGUUUCCAGCCAGUAUUUUGGAUUGUGGUUGCUUAUUUAUUUUUCGUCCUCAAGUUGGGCCCCAAAAUUAUGGAAAGUAGGAAGCCAUUGAAAAUAAAGAAGCUCAUAAUAGCGUACGAUCUAUUCCAAGUAUUGUUUAACGGAUGGCUGGUCUGGUUGCUAUUUUCAACUCCCGGAAGUAUGACCUAUGCAAAGGAGCACAUGUGCAAGCCUCUAGGAAGAAGGAAUAAUCCCUAUUUUCUACCUGUCUUAACCGGAGGGUGGUACUAUUUCAUGUCGAAAGUGAACGAUCUAUUAGAUACGGUAUUUUUUGUCCUAAGAAAACAACAAUCUCACGUAUCUUUCCUGCAUGUUUUUCACCACGUCAACAUGCUUAUUCUAACUUGGAUGUUUCUCAAAUAUAUGAAAGAUGAACAUGCUGUGCUCGCUGGGGCUUUAAAUGCGUUUGUUCACGUCUGGAUGUACGGAUAUUACUUCUUGGCAGCUCUAGGACCAUCAGUGCAAAAGCAUCUCUGGUGGAAGAAACACGUUACUCAGCUCCAAAUUAGUCAUUUUGUGAUCAUUAUAGCAUAUAUGGGUGUUCUGCUUUGGAGCCGAUGUGAAAUGCUGAUCUCUCUCGCCAUAUACAUCGCAAUAACUGCCUCUGUUUUCCUUUACCUCUUCACCAAAUUUUACUUUGAAACCUAUAGCAAAAGUAAAAAGGUGGGAGCCGGCGAGGUAAAAAAUAAGCGAACUCUUCAUUUCGAUUGACGGAGAAAAACGCAAUUAAAUGCAUUCUGGAGACCAGAGAUCUACAGAUCAAAUUCAUCUAUCUAUUGGCGAUCCACACAUCUUGCCUUGAGUGAUUGUUCAAAGCGAAGCUGUGUUUGUUUUUUUUCUUUAUUUUUUUCUAAACUGUAUUGUAUUCACGUUUUUUAGAUUGUAUUUUUUAGGAUAUUUUGUUUUUUGUACAUAUAACGUAGGCAUUGUUCUUUAUCAAAACAUUGGUCUAAGAAGUCCCGCACGGUGAGUGUUGAACAAGUUUUCAGGUUAAACACAUCAUUCAUCAAAAGCGUAUUUACAUAUCGUCACCUUCUUGCCAAAGUAUCACAAGCUCCAUGCGACGUUUCAAAAUUCCCGCCGCCAUUUUAAUUUUUCGUAGAGGAAUUGUUGGUUGAAUCUGUUUGAAAAUUUCGCUGAAUUUUUAU